AUGGGGGGAGCAAGCCCACAUCUCUACACAUUCGACAACACUGAAGACCUGGCCCAGCGUCUCCGGACAUACGUCCUCCACUCCCAAAAUGCAGCCCUAAAGAGAUACGAUGUCUUCCGUGUGGCCGUCUCCGGUGGCUCUCUCCCGACCAUCCUAGCCAAAGCCUUUGUCGGUCAGCAGCCCUCCUCCGCCACCGAAGCGGGAGGAGACGACGAGAAUACUCUCAAACUCUCCCACUGGGACAUCUUCUUCGCCGACGAGCGCGUCGUCCCCCUCGACCACCCAGAUAGCAACUACAACCUCGUCAAGACCGAAUUCGUCGACAAGCUCUCCCCUACCUUCGGGCAGCCCAAGAUCCACCCCAUCGACACCACCAACCUCAGCAACGACCCCCAAGACAUCGCCGACCUCUACCAGGAAGAGCUCAUGCACUCCUUUGCCGCAAAGGACAGCGUCAAACUGCCCGUGUUCGAUCUCAUCCUGCUCGGCUGCGGCCCUGACGGGCACACCUGCAGCUUAUUCCCGGGCCACGAGCUCCUCAAAGAAUCAGAUUCGUGGGUCGCCGCCAUUUCUGACUCGCCGAAGCCGCCGCCGAAGCGCAUCACCCUUACUCUCCCGGUCGUUACGCACGGGUUGAGAAUCGCCUUUGUGGCCACCGGCGAGGGCAAGAAGGAGGUCAUGAAGCAGAUUUUCGAUACGGAGGAAGGCAAGCAGUUACCCUGUGGCAUGGUCAACGAGAAGGCCGGAGACAGAGUGAGCUGGUUCACGGAUGGGAAAGCUACAGAAGGUGUGGCGUUCCCGAGAAAAGGCAAUCUAUAA